AUGGCGGGUCGGGUCGGGUCCUCUAUUUGAUUGCCCACAAAAACCCUCCUUCACCUUCAACAAAGAACACUAGUUUUCUUUGAAACAAAUACGACAUUGGGUGGGUCGCGUGCAGAGCCCAUAUACCAUAUGACAAUGGAAGCUGGGGAGAAAUCAGAAGAAAUUGUAUCAAAACAUUCUCCGAAACUAGCUGGAACUGUCAACUGGGGAACAGCAACUGUCGCCGGAGUAUUUGCAGGUACGGGGGUAGCAAGGAGGCAUCUGCUUCGGUUUUAAAUCGAUGUUCUACUUUUGUGGCUACGUUUCAACUUUAUAUUCUCAAAGUUGUGAGGAAGUCUGCUUCUUUUGCCAGAGCAAGGAUGCUGAAGUAAUGUUGAAGCUUGGGAGCACACCAGACAAGCAUGAGCAAUAUCGUUUGAUGAGAGAUGCAAUGGAGAAACGGUUCAUUCGAGUCACGUGGGGCUCAAUAGUUGGUGGAGUGCGUCUUGGAUUGUUCACUGCUACCUUUUAUGGUUUACAAAAUAUGCUUGCUGAGAAAAGGGGUGUGCAAGAUGUUUUCAAUAUUGUGGGAGCUGGUUCAGCCACGGCUGCGACAUUUGGGCUAUUAUUGCCAGGAUCAUUACAAUGGCGUGCAAGAAAUAUGUUACUGGGUUCGAUCCUUGGAGCAGUCAUUGGUUUCCCAAUUGGGUGGGCACACUUGAAGCUGGUGCAGAUAGCAAAUGAAGGGAAUCCUGCUGCGCAUCCUAAUUCAGAUCAAAGAGAAGCAAAGAGUGGUGUUGGUGCUGCCAUUGAGAGGCUUGAAGAAAAUUUGAAUAAAUAGAACAAUUUUGAGGGUGAACUCCAUCAAUGUAUGCAAAGAGAGGAAUAUGAAGACUCGAGAUAGUAAGAUGAACUGGACUAUGGCAGGAUUUUGUAUUGCCUUUCUCAUUGUAUUUUAUACAUCUUCCAGGGUGGCCUUGGAUACUGAGAAAUAACAGCACCUAGUAACAAGCAAGGAUGUUUUUGAAUGUUUGAUAUCAAAAGUUGUUCCGGCCCCGAGUAUUUUGCCA